AUGGGGCGGCGGGGGCCGCGGGUGCAAGGGGCCGCCCGGGCCCUGCCUGAGGCCAUCGCCGCGCUGAGUCGGUCCCUGCCUGCUGGGCCCAGCCCCGAAAUCUUCCGCCGCGCAAAGUUUGACCGUCCAGAGGCGGCCCCAGUGCUCUGGCAGCUUCUCUUGCGUGUGCUCUCACCGCUUGCUGAAAUCAAUACCUGUACCGACCAGGCCCCGGAGGCCCAAGCUCUCGUGGUGAAGUCAGCACUGAGCUCCCAAGGCUACCCCAGGUCUGUGCUGCUACAGUUUCCUGAGGGCAAUUCUCAGGGAAGCCGGGAAUUGCUGCUGGCCGUGUCCUGGCUCCUGGCACGAGGACCCUUGCUUGAGCAGCUGCUUGCCCAGACCCGUGUGCAGCUGGGUGACCAGUUGCCCCCGUGUGAGUGGGAGGCCCUGGCCAGUCCUGGUCCUUCUGCACCCCUUGUGGAAACGAAGAGCCCUGUGGAUCUCCGACUAGUAGAAUGGCUGAUGGGAAAACUGCGGAUUAGGUGGCGACGCCUGAUCUCAAGUCAGCAGGAGCAGUGUACCCUGCUCAGCAAGAUCCACCUGUACACCCAUGGAUGCCACAGCGAGCAGAACCUUGGCCAUCUUUCUGUUGCCGAAACAGAGAUGCUUAGGGAUCCAGAGAGCGGUCAGCAGCUCCUGCAGGCAUUGGAGAGUGAGAACAUACGCUUGGAGGCAGCUCUGGAGUGGCGGCGUUGCCAGCUUGUCUUCUGGCAAUGGAUGGAUACAGUUCUGGAUGCCUGUUCCCCGGAGAGUCCUGCCGUGACUUCACAGCCGAUAGUCCUGCCCAUGAUCUCUGAAGGUGGGCUUGCUGAGCUGGAGCUGGUAAAGCAAGAGUUGCAGGCCCUGCAGGAGGAGCUACGGGAAGUGGCUGAGCCCCGGCGGGCUGCCUGGGAAGCCCAGGUUGCAGGCCUAGGCCGGGGGCCAGAGUGGAGCAACACAAGGAAGGCCUUGCAGGAGGCUGUCGAACAGGAGUUGGAAGCCCUCCGGGUGUCCUGGGAGCAAUCCAGUAACCUGGCCCAGCCACAAAGGCCCCAUCGACUGGUGAGAAGGAAGGAUGGGGCAGCAAGAGCCCCAGGCCUACAGGCAGCCAAGGUGAUCAGGACACUGAGCACCCAGGAAGCUUGUCUGAGGAAGGCUUUGCACCAGCUGCAGAGCCAGUGUCAGCAGGAGCUGGCCAGGCUGGUUGGUGCUCUGCCUGGUUUGAUUUGGAUUCUGGCUCCAGGACACUGAAACCGCAAGAUGUGUCCACCUGUGUAGAGGUCUCAGAGGAGCAGUCUGGGGCUGGUGUGGGAAGCAAAGGUCCUGGCAUAUAUUCCCUCCAGGGCCAGAGCUCUUCGGCCUACAGUUUCGGUGUCACCAUGAGCUGGUCCUCCUCUUGGAGGGGACCUGUGUGUACAUGGUAGAGAUAUUUGUGGGGACAUCAGGCUCUGCCCUUUGCUGCCCCUUUUCAAUUCCUCUUGGGACACUGAGAUAUGCAUGGGGCAUGGCUGGCACCAUGCUGGAAUCACACAUGCCCCACAGUACAGGAAGUAUUAGGCCUCCCCUGAGCUGCCCAGCUCUGGUCGUUUCCCUGCACCGCUUGCUUUCUUAGACUGUCUGUAUGCCUUCUCCAGCAGAGCCUCUUGUCUUGGACCAUGGAUGUGCCUGAUGUGUGUUGGUGGCAGCUGGGUGGGGGCCCUGGAGGCUCUGCCUGGGAGAGCGGAGGAGGGGAAGCUGCGGUCCAGACAGAAGGCCUUUUGUUCCAAAGGCUGCUGGGCAGGCCCAGCCUUCACAAAGCAGCCUGUGUCCAGGAUGUGCCCACAGCCUGGUGGGAUGGCUCUCUCCUAUCCCAGGCUUCUCCCAGCCAGCAGGCUCAUGCAGUUCCAUGGUCUCUAGCCCUGCCUUUCCAGUCCCCAGCUCCAAACACUGUCCAGACACUGGACAGCUAAUAGGACCCACUAGGCAACCCCUAGCCUCCUGCUAACCCAGGCCAGAGGCCACUACCAGACUCUGGGUACUGUGGACCCUCUACUACAUCGUUCUAAUGGGGGUGGGAGGUUCCCUUUUGCCUAGUGGUGUGUGCUAGAGUGACAGCUCAUGUCUGGGGUGGGUGACAGUUCUGGUACAGGUGGCCUCUGGCCCUAAGCAGGCCACCAUGCUGGUUUUUCCCAGUGACUGUUCCUAGCACACUUCUGGACAGUCAGUGUCUAAUAGGUCCUUCGUCACUUUUAUGGACAUAGCUCCCAGAGUCUCUGGAGCCUCCUGCCUGCUGCUGGGCCUGUGCUGGAUCUCCUGGCCUGCAGCCCCUGCUCCUGCUUGCUAACACUGGCUCAGCUCUCCUUGUUGCUUCCACCUGUGGGUUCUGGCUCUGGUUCAUGGCACGUGGUGACUUGACUGUCUUAGGCUCCUCAUGACUGUGAUUUGGGCUAUAAACAAGUUCACUUACGCUCCCUGCUUCUGAAGACUGCCCUGCUAUAGGACUUCCAGUGGUCCUCUGGAACUUGACCUUAAAAAAUCCAAAGCAGACCUAGUGCUGCCAGCUGCCGCUUCUCCAUUUGCAGUUAGUGCAGUUCCAGGUAGAUCCCCGUGUCUGUGUAUCGUCUCUGUGGGGCUCAAGGCCUGAGGCCGUGUGAAAGAAAGCCUGUACGAGGCUCGGCUGUGGGGCUCAUGCUUGGUCAAGCUGUGAGGAGCUGUCACUUGGGGAAGAUUUCAGUACCAGCCUUUCCACACGAAAGGGCUAUACCCAUACUCAUGUCAGUUGGCACAACUUCCUCAGUGGAUCCCGAGGUCCGAGGGCAAGCCCACCGUUGAUGACUUGUGCUGCUCCAGGGUCCUCACCUGCAGCCCAGCAGAGCAGGCGUGGGUUCCUGACACUCCUCCCUUCCUGACUUUGAGGAAGAUCACAUUGUCCCCAACAUCCCAACCUGAUCUUAAGGUCACAAGGACUAAAGUUCUGUCCAGCCACAGGCACCUUUGAGGCCGGGAAGUGGGCAGUGGGGCCCUACUCUCAAACCAGUGAGGACAUGCAGUUCUUUUCUAGGUUGCCACCCAAGGGAACCAAAUAUGCAAAGGAAGUGGGAGCAUCAGAGGUGCUUUCCUCACACCAAAAUAGGCUGACUGUGAAGGGAAGUUUGAUAGCUUCAACUCCUACCGAAGAAACUAUUAAAAGAUUUAUUAGUAGGAUGUGUCUCACUGGUAAAAGAAUUUGGGUAUUUUGUGUGAGGCUGGAUUUCGUCUCCAGCUUCUUGGUUGGUGGUGUUGGUUGGGAAGACAGUUUUGGGCUAGGAGUGUUCACUGCAUUUGCCAGUGGUUUUAGGAGCAGCAGGACAUCAAGAAAGAUAGCUGAUGUGCAAGAUGGGAACUGAGACUGUCGGUUAGGUCAGAACGCCAUCUUCAUGGCAACCAGUCGAAUGGGAAGGGGUGCCCUUUACAGGCUGGAAGGGUGUGACGAGACACUGCUUUGGGUUGGUGAAGGACUGCUUGGCAGCAGACUGGGAGAAACACUUCUAGGCCUCUCCCAGAGAAUCAGUGGGAUGUGUACAGAAGGCCUGUCAAGGACCACCCAGUGGCAGUGUGAACCAGAGAUGCCGUCAGUGUUAGGAGAAGCCAACGGUGCUGCAAUCCAGAGCGUAAAAACUCAAUCUUGAAGCAUGGUGGCACAUGCCUUAGUCUCAGCACUCGGGAGACAGAGGCAGGUGGAUCUCUGUGAGUUUGAGGCCAAUCUGGUCUGCAAAGUGAGUUCUAGGACAGCCAGGGCUCUUACACAGAGAAACCCUGUCUCGAAAAACCAAACCAGCCAACCAAAUAAAAACUUGAA